GUCUCCGCCCAUAUAAAGGUGACGGGGAAAAAACAAAUAUGGCGAGACUUCAGUAAGUGCAGGACAGGCGCAUGUGAGGAGGUGACAUGGCCGCAGCUGAUGUGAAAAAGGUUUUGCAAUUAAAACAUCAGCUGAAAGAAUCCUGUGAAGGACACACGCUGCUGAAAAUCUUGAAGAAACUUGAAGUAUUGGACAUUACACUUGAAAUUCUCACUGAAACAGGAAUUGGAAAAGUCGUCAACUCCAUUCGGAAACAUGAUGAGGCUGGAAAGGUGGCAAAAAUAUUGGUGAAUCGAUGGAAAACGCUUGUUCCAAAAGACUCUGCAAGUUCGAUUGGGGGAAAGCCUGAUGACUGCCUAACCCAAAAUGAACAGCUUCAUAAAGAAGUUCAAGAAAGGAGUAAACAUGAAAACAGCCAGCUUUCAGAGACUACCAAUUCUAGAAAGAAGCCAAAAAUGGAGAAUACCAGUACUGAAAAGAAAAUGUCAGAGAAUGUUGACAUUAAAUGCAAAAUCAAGCCCAGUAAAUCCAAAAUCGACUUGAAAGGUGAAAAAAAGGAUGAGCCAAAAAAAGAUUCAAGUGUAAAUCAGGGCUCAUGGAGUCACAGCUCUGGUCACGGCAAGGAAACGACAACUGGCGAGCAUGCAAAACAUGAAAGCAAAAAGACUGCAAAGGUUUCUGGCAUAAGAAAAAAAAAGAAUACGAAACUUGAAAAAUCUUUGAAAAGACCUGAAGCAAUGCAAAAGCAGCGAGAGAAGAGUGGAGAUGCAUGCAAGAAAGAAAAGACUGAGAAGGCCAAAGACAAAUUAGUAAAAAUGGAGACUGUCAAACAGGCUGAGGAUGGCUGUGAAACACCUUCCAUGUCCUUUGAGGCCUACCUGAGCUAUGACCUUGAGCCUCCCAAACGCAAAAAAUCCUUCAGUGUUGCUAAGAAUCCGAAGAGACUUAAAACUGCCCACAAAGAGAACUCUUGUGUGUCUCUUGUGAAAACAAGCAAGGCAGUGACAGAAGACCCAAUGACAACGGUUCCUGAGCGGUCAGUGAUGGACUUGCUAAACGUUCCUUUGCCAACCAUUUUUCCCGAAUGCGAGGACGUUUCUCAGUAUCAGUACUUCAGUGAAAUGAAAGUGGAUAGAAAGGUCAUUGAUGUCUGUGAAGAGGCCCCGGUCUUCAUUGGACAAAGGCUGAAUAAUAAGAUGCAAGUGUACUCUGGAAGUAAGAUCACGUACCUGCCAACCAUGAUGACGCUGUACCAGCAAUGCAUUCGAACGCUGCAGAACAACAUUGACUCUCUGUAUGAAAUUGGAGGGGUGCCAUUUGAAAUUUUGGAACCAGUACUAGAGUGCUGCACGCCUGAACAGCUCCUCCGGAUUGAGGAAUAUAAUCCAGUGUACAUUGGGGCGACGGACCACCUGUGGGAGAGACACUGCCAGAAAGACUUCAGAAAUUCCUGGCUGGAGGAGUAUGAAUCCUGGAGAGAGAUGUACCGCCGCAUGUCAGAGGAGAGGGAGAGAAAACUAAAGCAACUCACAAAGAGCAUCGUCUCCGCUCACUCCAAGAAGCCCAAAGGUAGGCAGGUGAAAAUGGCGUUUAUCCACUCAGCUGCUAAGCCACCUAGAAAUGUGAGGAUCCAACAGGAGAUUCACGGCACAGCCGGCCCCGUGACACUACCUCACCCAACAGUCAGACCCAGUAGUGUGAAACCCAGUGAGAAUCGGGGAAGAUCUGGCUUCAGUGAGCCUUCAAAACCCUCCAUGAACAACUCUGGCCAAGCCCAAGACCCCAGAAAGUUUAAAAGAGUGGCGCCCAUGAUGGCAAAGUCCCUGAAGGCCUUUAAAAAGCAGCUUAGUCGCAGAUGAAUUUAGGAGAUUACAUUGAAAAUAUACCACCCCUCGCCCACCCUUAUGGUUUAAAUAGUUUAGAGAGUUCCCCCCCCCCCUCGAUUGUAAUUUGUAAUUCCACAAGAUGCUUACAGGAUUGAUGAAAUUUGAUCAACUUCAUACUUAUUUGUAUGAACAAUAAUUGCACUUUAAAAUCAAGCUGUCUCUUUGUAUUGACUUUUUUUUUCUAUCAAGACAGACACCGUAUGAAUUCUGAAAUUAAAACUAUAAUAACCACAAAAUAUGUUGUUUGCUAUGGUGCUUGUGUCAUGUGUACUAUCGAACCCAAAUGCAUUUGUCUCCGUCUAGUGGAUGUGGGAGGCA